UUCACCAUAGGUCUCACGCCGUUCUAAGUUUGCAGCGCAGUAGAGCCUUCCACGAGGUCGAUUGAUGAUGAUUCAGUGGGGGCGCAAUACAUAUUCACGCCGCGUGAGCGUGUAUCGCGGAUGCUGCGCCUCCUGCGCGAGAACCAAUCAAGCAUCGCACCGCAUCGCGAUGUGUGAAACCAUCACCAUCGCCUACUUAUAUCACCAUCCUCCCCGUGCCCCCCAAACGAUUGAUACGCUUGAUUGCGGCGGUCAUACCGUCUCGCGCCGCCGUUCGCUUUGGAUGUUCGAUAUUCUCGUUUGAAUUGUGAUCGCGUAGUUUUUGGGAUAAAUCCUUUCGUUACUGCAUCAUGGCGUCAAAUUCAUUUGAAAGUAAUCAAGCGGUCGACAUCGAACAAAGUUUGUACAACUUAUCCGAGGAUUUCACCCGCCAGACUCAGCUCAACGAUACGUGCUCCAUUGGUGGCAACGGUUGGCCUUCCAGCAUCGAGUCUACUACAACUGCGACGGAACGGCUGCCGGGGAUCGGGACGUCUAGUAUGCACAGCUUUGCGGAUAUCCUGCGACGUCCGAUUGCCGACGAUAUGCUAAAGAAGCUGUGCUUCAGCGAAACCCUGCUCGUUUGCGACGGGAACGAGAAGGUGGUCGGUGGUGCGGCCAUCAACGUGAGCUCGAUAGCGGGAGAGAUCCUGGCCGCAUUUUCCAGUACGCGCCUCUCAUUCCACGGGCAAUCCACCGCCGAAAGUGAGCUGAUGUCAUUUGCGGACCGUAACUGCCGACCCUUGCAGGAGCGCAAAUGCGAGACGGUCCGCACUGGGGCAACGCGACAGGAAAAACAGAUACAACUCUAUUUUGACGACCGACGGCAGAUUACCGCCUACAGGCAACAGUGUAACGGUUUGCACAGUGAAAGCUUCCAGGGUGUCCUGAUUCCUGAUGGGGGCGAUACAACUGCGCACCACCAUGACCACCAUCAGCAGCGUGCCAUGCUGCUACCGGACGGUUUGCAGCUCCUGUUGCUACGCUAUCUUAUACUGAGCAACUUUGUCGGUGAAAUUUGCAGUCAAACAAUCGACAUACAGGGUAGAGUGGGCAAUUGUGUACAUAAAAUAUCAGCCGCCGUUCCAAUACCGCAGAAACAAUCCGGCAAAACAUCCGAAAGCAUUAAGGAAGUUAGGAAAACGAUUUGGUACCCGGAAGAUCCGGAACCAGAGGAAAGCAUUUCGCACUACUCGGCUGCAGGUCGGUUGCUGCGUCAUUGUUGGACCAAUGCCAACUACGUCCUGAUUAGCAAUCCACUGGGCAGCCUUGCCCCGUCGUCCGUCGUGGAGCUGGAGCGCGGUAUCAAGGAUUACGUGAAGGCGCUGAUGCGAUUGAUUGAUAAUGGCUCCUCGAUAAGCGACCUGAUGGAUGAUAUACAGUGCACGGUAGCGGAGAUGCAUCGGUUUCGAAAUAUGGUAAAUCCAGUGCUGAUUGACUUAAUAAAGGAAAUAUAAUAGUGACGCACAAAACAUUGGACAUUACUUA